AUGUCGAAUCGGUUUGUAAGACCGAGUUACGAUGAAGAAGAUCAGGACCUGGCUUUAGAACAAAGAAGCGGCGCAAACGAAGAUUUUGUGUUUCAGAAUCCGUCACUGGCACUAUCGAUUAGUCAAACACGGAAAAGGUUACCGAUUGCAAAGUACGAAAGACAGAUACUCUAUCUAUGUGAAAGGUUUCGAACGGUCAUUAUUGUUGGCGAGACCGGGUCUGGGAAGAGCACACAGGUUCCGCAGGUAGGUGUAUGGUUAUUUAUACGAUAGCUGUAGAAGAAUGUUGUUGAUGGGGUAUAACUUUUUGCUUUAAUUUUGGAAUAUUAUAUUUUAUGUUAGUUGAAAAUUUUAUUUUUUUAUAUUAAUGAUGAAAAGUUAUGUUGUUUUAGUUUCUAGCGGAUAAUGGAUGGGCUCAAAAUGGACAACAAAUAGCUAUCACACAGCCACGAAGAGUAGCUGCUGUUACUGUAAGUAAAUAUUUACACAAUACAUUAUAUUAUACCAGCUAACGUUACUUAUACGAAUUCAUAAAUAACGUUACUCCUAAAAAUUAUUCGCAAUUUAUAUAGCAAUCACGUUUUCAGCUAGCCGCCCGCGUAGCCACUGAAAUGCGAUGCCCUUUAGGCGACAAAGUUGGUUAUGUUCUUCGCUUUAACCAAGUAAUGUCGGAGAACACUCAAAUCAAGUAUAUGACUGAUGGCAUCUUACUCCGAGAGUUUCAAUCAGAUCCACUACUUACUAAAUACAGUAUUGUGAUUGUUGAUGAAAGUCAUGAACGUACGGCUACGACCGACUUGUUAUUGGGACUGUUAAAACGGGUUUUGAAUGUUAGACUUGAUCUGAAGUUGGUUGUUAUGUCGGCUACUAUGGAUGCUGAGGUGAGUUCUGUUUUCACAGAGAAGAGGGUGGGUUUUAAACACGGGGAAAAUUUUAUUUGGGAGUAGUAGUUUAUUAUUAUUAUUUAUGUUAUUUUAGGUGUUUAAAGACUUCUUUGAAACUAAUGAUUCUUCUGAUAAGUCACUGGAUACUGCUCAAAUCAUAUCAGUCGAAGGACGAAUGUAUCCAGUCAGUAUAUUCUACUCUAAAGUGUAAGUGAAAAUAACAAAAUAGGGUGUGCAUAAGAAGUUGGGCGUGUUUUCUAAGUUGAUAAUGAGUUCUAUCUGUUCUCAGAGUUAGUUUUAAGAAUUUAAAUAUUAUUUUUAUAACUAAUGUUUAGGCCAUGUCCAGACUACGUGAAAGCAGCGGUAGAUGCGGCUAUAUUCAUUCACAAAACAGAGAAACACGGUGAUAUCCUGAUCUUUUUAACAGGUCAAGACGAAGUUGAAACGGCGCUCAGAAUGAUUAUCGACGCUAGCAAGAGUUUAAAACAAUAUGGCAAUGUCAGAGUGUUUCCAUUGUAUUCAGGAUUGUCACAGAAGCAACAGGUAAAUGUGCUUUGAUAUUGUUUAUAAUAAGCUUUUAUUAUAGUAAAGGAAAGAAACCUAGCUUAUGUUUUACUUUUAAACAUUGUCUAAAAAUUUUUUUUUGGGGGGGGGGUGGAGACCAAAAAAAGUUUUUCUUUUUGUCCACAGGUUUUUCAAAAAUUUUUUUCGAUUUUACGCGUACAGGUACCUACCUGUGGAAUUUUUUUCGGAUCGGCUCUGGGGGUGGAUCCACCCCCUCCACCUCCCCCCUAGCCCUAGCGACGCCCCUGUCUACAAUCUUUUCUUGAUUUUUCGAAAAUUUUCUUUGAAACGUAGGUCAAUCUUUUUUAUACAACUUAAUAUUUUAGUUAGCAGCCUUUGAUUCAGCGGCUUACGGAACGAGAAAGAUUAUUGUAUCUACAAAUGUGGCUGAAACUUCUGUCACUAUAUCAGGCGUCUGUUACGGUAAGGCUCGGAAGCAUAAAUUGCGAUUUUUUACUGAAAAUAUGAGACUAUACAUCUCUUUUGGCCAAAAGAAUUCUUGUUUUUCUUAAGAAUUAUUUUAAACGUUAAAAAAGGCUUUAGACUCUAGCUUCAAACACUACAGGCUAAUCCCUGCUAUUUCAGUAAUCGACUGUGGCUUCAUGAAACUCCGCGUCUACAAUACAGACAACGGUGUGGAGACGCUACAGACCGUGAAGACCUCAAAGUCUUCGGCCAAACAGCGAGCCGGUCGUGCAGGUCGAAUUCAUCCUGGAAAGUGCUACAGAUUGUACCCGGAAGAAGAGUACCAAAAACUGUUACCGUCUCAAGUGCCGGAGUUGCAACGCACUGAUCUCAGUCAAGUCAUAUUGACUUUAAAGUCGCUGGGGAUCAACAACUUUUUGAAAUUUCAAUUUCCUUCGGUAAGUUUUGGAAAAAAGCCUUUUGUAUCUGAUAGGUCAAUUUUAAAAUGUUUUUUUUUAAAUUUAAAUUUGAAUUACUUUCAGAGACCUCCAUCACAACUAGUCAUUCAAGCUCUCAACUCUCUGUUUGCUCUAGGCGCUAUAGAUGAAGAUGGUAUGCUGACAAAGCCAUUAGGACACACAAUGUCAACUUUUCCGUUACCACCAAUGCACGUCAAGGUGCUAGUGUCGGCUGCGACAUACGAAUGUAGCGAAGAAAUGGCAGCGGUUUUGGCUAUGAUGCAGAUUCAGAACGUGUUCAUACCUGGGGAUAACAGACAUAUGGCUGAGGUUACGAAGAGAAAGUUUGCGGUAGAAGAAGGAGACCAUCUCACUAAUCUUAACGUCUAUACCAACUUUGUGGAGGUAAGGGUUGAUAGGACACUUUUUGGGGUAGGGUGCAUCGGUUGAGGCGGUUUUCAUCGGUUGUUAAAGGAAUGACAUUAAUAUAGUCAGGAGGGUUGUUACUGAUCUUAUCUUUGGGGGAAACGUCGAAAAGGUUUUUUUAUUCCGCUACAAUAUAUUACUAUAUAUAUCUACUAUAAUAUAUCACGAAAUUAAAAAAAAAAUUUUCAGAACGGAAAAUCCUCGAAAUGGUGCCGAGACCACUACGUUAACUACAAAGGUCUCUGUUCAGCUCACAAUAUCUGUGAACAGCUCAAAAGAUACCUCAGAAAGUUUGAUAUUCCUCUAAAAAGCUGCAAAGGAUUAAUCGGAGAGACGGCCAGGAUACGACGAUGUUUACUAACAGGUUUCUUUUCACAAUGUGCAAGAUACGAUCACACUGGACAGUAUGUAACGUUGAGGGACUCGAUACCAUUCAAGGUGUACAAGGGGUCUACCGUAAUGUACAGGAAAGACUAUCCCAAGUACGUUGUGUUCACUGACGUACUUCAGAAUUCGAUCAGAGAUCUGAGUGUGAUUGAGCUGGAAUGGCUGAGGGAAAUCGCUGGACAUUACUACGACUUUGGACAUGUAAGUAUUCGAGCGUUUAAAUAAUACUGGGUUCUUUAAUUCCGAAAGUUUUAUCUGAUGGGGCACAGAACUAUUUGAAAAACCUGAUAUUUUAUUUUGGAAUAAAAUUGAAACGAAAUACUCAAGUUUUAAAAUCUAUUUGAUAAUAAUACAAGUCAUUAAUCUUUUUGAUGUUAUCACGUAUUUUAGGAUCCCAAAAACAAUAUGGAAGAGAACUACGAAGCUGAUCAGAUGGGUAACUUGAAUUGA